CACGCUUUUCACAAUCGGAUACUACAAAUCGUCUUGCACAAGUAUCGAAUCUGGAUACCUCUACAUACCCUAAAUCCACACAUGACCGAUACCAAGCCACCGGUCCUCGAGAACGUCGCUCCUGAUGUGCAGUCCUCCACGCCAUCAUCCUCCGACAUGCUCUUCUACUACCAGCGCUUCCUCCCGUUCAAGGCCGUUUUCCAAUGGCUCUCGCACUCUCCCAAGCCAACUGCCGACUUUACGAUGCGCGAGUUUGCGUACGAGUAUCGUAGCGGCGCAUACCAGCGUUACAACUCCUACGCGACAUCGGAAGAGUUCAAAGAGGCGGUCUGCCGCGCGAAUCCGAUGCGUUUCGAGGUAGGUGCCGUUUAUGCGGUCAAUCCGAAGGACAGAAAGACAUUACCCAAGUCAGCGAUGAGGCCAUUGGCGAAGGAGUUGGUAUUCGAUAUCGAUUUGACCGAUUACGAUGAAAUCAGAACGUGUUGUUCCAAAACGGAUAUCUGCGAAAAGUGCUGGAAAUUCAUCACUGUCGCCACCAGGAUUAUCGACGGCGCAUUACGGGAGGACUUUGGGUUCGAGCACUUGAUCUGGGUGUUUUCCGGGAGAAGAGGGGCGCAUUGUUGGGUCAGCGACCAACGUGCGCGCAACUUAGACGAGACCGCCAGACGUGCGAUUGUCGAGUACAUGGACGUGUUAAAGACGAAAACCAACAAGCGGAUCAGCGUGCGGAGGCCAUUCCACCCGCUCGUAGAGAGGUCCUUCGACGUGCUCAAGACGGAGUUCCAGGAGAUUAUCUUGGAGGACCAGGACCCCUGGAGAGACCUUGAAAAGGCCAAGGAAAUGGCACAGUUGUUGCCUGACAAGACGCUCAUCGCCGAGUUGACCAAGAAGUGGAGUGAGGGGAGGUCAUCGUCCAAGGCCAAAUGGGAGGAUAUCAACACGGUGGCCGCAAAGGUGUUGCCAAAGAACUUCAAGACCGAGUUACUCAACGAAGCCAAGAAGGACAUCAUCAUUAGCACCUUGUAUCCGCGUUUGGAUGUAGAGGUCUCGCGCCAGGUGAUCCAUUUAUUGAAGUCGCCGUUCUGUAUCCACCCGUCUACCGGAAACAUCUGUGUGCCAUUUGACCCGAGAGACGGAGAUUUCCAUCCGACAAAAUCGCCCAACUUAGCUCAGCUUCUUGAGGAGCUUGAGGCGUGGGAUGAGAAUCCGGAUAACGCCGACAUAGGCAAGAAGCUUGCUGACUGGGAAAAGACCAGUAUGAAGCCAUAUGUGGAUUUGUUCCGCAAGUUUGUUGCAGGUUUGUUGAAGGAUGAAUUCAAGGGGAAGAGAGAGAGAGAGGGCACGGAUUUUUAGUGUUUAAAAUAAACUAGUAAUACCCGAAACUAGUUGUGGAAAUGAGUGUAGCAGACGUUGGAAGGAUGUUUACGAGUAUUGCUAAAGAGAAAUAGUUUCCUAACAGUAUGAACACCCGAUACAAGUCGGUGGGCAUAAAUACAAGGGAGAGGUGGAAAUGAACGGGUAAAAGGUGUUUGGAAG